UCUUGCGCUAACCGGAAGUCAUUUUCUAGCUUCAUUUUCCUAUGUGGCUCACAAAUAACGAGCAGAGCACAGACAAAUCAAUGAAGCAGACUCCUAGAUGCUGACCCGCCGCUCUUCGCCAUGGACGAGGGCAGUUUGGAAGCGGCCAUUGAAACCUACAAUGCCCAGCUGCAGCAGGUGGAGACCGCCCUGGGGGCGGGGCUGGACCCCUCCCAGCAGUCGGACCUGCUCCAGCUGAAGGAGGACCUGCGGCAGCUGAUCGAGCUCACCGAGUCCAGCCUGGUGUCGGUGAAAAAGAGCCGGCUCCUGGCGAGCCUGGAGGACGGGGCGGCGGCGCUGGCCCUGCCGCCAGCGGGGAGGUCCGCCGAGGGCGGCCCGGACGAUGACGAGUUCGCCGCCUUUUACUCGGAACUGGGAGAGCCGGCCGCCGCCGCUGGCCUGUCUCGCGGUCCCGGGCAGCGGCCCGCUCGGAGCCCGACGCUGACCGGGGAGGCCAAGGACGGCGAGGAAGAAGAGGAGGAGGAGGAGGAGGAGGAGGAGGAGAACGAAGACGCGCUGAGUGGGAUGAAGGUCCGAGCGCCGUACCGCAGCGCCUGGGGCACGCUGGAGUACCAUAACGCCAUGGUGGUGGGGGCCGAGGACUCCGACGGGACCGAGUCCCGGGUGAGGGUGCUGUACAUUCACCCCACGCACAAAUCCAUGAAGCCCUGCCCCUACUUCCUGGAGGACAAGUGCCGCUUCAUGGAGAACUGCAGGUUCUCCCACGGCGAGGUGGUGGCCGUGUCGGAGCUGAGGCCGUUCCAGGACGCGGACCUGAGCAACCUUCAGGAAGGUUCCGCCUGUCUGGCCCGGCACGAGGACGGCAUCUGGUACCCCGCCAAAAUAACGGAUAUGGAGGACGGUUACUACACGGUGAAGUUCGACUCGCUCCUUCAGAGGACCGCCGUGGUGGAGGCGGACGGAGUCAUCCCCCCGUUGCGGCAGGACGACCCGUCCUCCUCGGAGUCCGAAGACGACGAUGACUUCGGGGAGUACACGGCUUAUGCUAAAGUUCUGGACUCCACGGAAACGGAGGAUUGGACCCCGUCCUGCAGUUCCAGUUUCGCUGGAUGGGAGGCACACACACGUGGCAUCGGCUCCAAGCUGAUGGUCAAAAUGGGCUACGAAUUUGGGAAAGGGUUGGGGCGGAGCUUGGAGGGGCGGGUGGAGCCGGUGAUGGCCGUGGUCCUGCCCAAGGGGAAGUCCCUGGACCAGUGCGCCGAGAUGAACCAGAAGAAGGGCCGGAAGAGGCCGGGGAAGGGGGAGGGGUCGAAGGCCAGGCGGAAAGGCAGGAGGCCAGGCCCCGCCCACCGGGGGCGGGCCAACGUCUUCGACUUCCUGAACAGCAAGCUGGGCGACAGGGAGCGGAACGCCGAGGCCGACGCCCGCCCCGCGCCGCGGAACAGCAAGGACGCCUACAGGGGGGGCGAGAGCGCCAAACGCUCCCUCAACGUGCGGCUCUUCCAGGCCACCGAGCGGGUGGCUCAGACUGAGCGGGAGAUCGAGCGCCUCACCCAGGCGCUGGCCAGGCAAGCGGGGAGGGACAGCACCAUGGCGACGCAGCUGGAGGAGAAGCUGGCGGCGGCCAGGAAGCAGCUGACCCAGCUGAAGGCCCAGGAGCUCCGCGCCCAGCAGGAGCAGCGCAAGGCCGACACGCACAAGAAGAUGACCGAGUUCUGACCGCGCCGGCAGCUGCAUUCCGACCGCGUCCCGACCGCGCCGACCGCUGCGCAUCUGCACCCGGCCUCCACCUUUUAGGCUCUCUUUCAUCUGUUAAUUCAGUUUUAUUUUUUCUGUUUUUUAUUUUUUCCUCUUGUGUGAAGGCAUGUUACUGUCCAGGUAAAUAAAAAAUAAUUAUGGAUUUUAAAGUGGAUUUGAACCCCCCCCAACACACACACACACACACAUGCACAGACACACACACUCUCUUGGCAUUCUCAGUUGUAUUUAUCAGCACCCACUGCCUGUUAGACUCUCUUAUUCCAGUCAGCAGAAACCCUCCUAUUCCAGGGUCAUACUUCAAUCUUGACUUCAAUCAAAACCAUCUUUAAUUGAUUAGUUGGAGCAAAUGUUUUAGCACUGGCUGCAAUUGUCCUUUAGUGAUUAGGGUGGUCAUAAAUCACUUAUUGGGAGGGAUGGCCUUGUGGAUUUAAUAGGCUUUAUGGGCAAUAUGUCAAUAGUUUGAUAUUGUACACCUGUACCCAUAUUCGAGCUUUAUGUGCCAAUUAAUUUGUAAAUGGUAGGUCACAUAUUGUUCGCUGCCAUGUUGGACAGUUUCAAAAAAUGAAAACUAACUCUUGAACGCUCAUGUCCAUAGCACCAAGCAAACAGCCUGUUUCAUAUUCUGAAUACAGUAGAACCUCAGAGUCACGGAGGGACUGGCCAACUUAAUGUGGUAUGAACCCGUGAGUAACUGGGGUGGUUAUGACUUUUCUAUAUAUAUGGCUCUUUAUUAUCCCUGAUUCACAAAGGAUCACAGUUAUGCCAAAACUUGUAAAAUUUCCACUCAUGAAAAAAAAUGGUGACCACACACAAAUGAGCCUGUCUUGCCAGUAUUGCUAGCCUGUAGAAUUCUGUGUGGAGAAAUUAAUGAACAGUAUUUGAUUUAAAGAAGGAUCGGAACAAAAUCAAACAAAGAGAAAGAUAGCCAGUCACUGAAAAGAAAUGUAUGGUUCAGAAAUUCAAAGUAACCUAUUUAAAGAAAAAAAAAUAGGUUACUGUCAUACAAGUAACAAUUCAAAUUAAUAAAUGAUUAAUAUUAUUAAAUUCUAUGUAAGUUUCCACCAGUUCUGAGUGAAUGACCUCCAUUCCAGAUGCCUUUGUGUCUCGUGGUAUAGCUGUAUUCAUCUCUGUGUAGCAAAACAUGGCUGCCAAGUCAGUCAUCAUGGGCACUUCUUUGUUCUGUGCCAUUAAUGGCCAACCUCACGGGAACCAAUCAGAUUCCUGUGUCAGAUAACUUGUCCCCAUACAACCAUGAUACCAAUUGAUAAGGACUUUACUGCCCUCUCAUGGGUCUUUUUUUAGUUUUAAAUGACUCCACACAAAGGCCUGGCAGACACAACGCAUUAAUAUCACCUUUUUAUGAAACACGUUUUUCCUCAUUCUGUCUUACUGCAUCAGAGCCUGUCAAUGGUUGUAUUGAGGUCCAAUAAUUUCUACAGAAGUAUAAUCUAUACUGCUAGUCAUUAUUGCUAGUACUUAUAGCCUGUUCUUAUAACAGACUGAAUCUUGGCAGUGAUGUUUAGUUUACUUUUUUAAAAAGUCCAUUUCAAUCCAGAAAUAUCCUUCCCACGACCCUGCCCAGGAUAAGCGGGUAUAUAUAAUGGAUGGAUGGAUGAAAUGUCCUUCUUCCAAAAACAAUACUGGCCACCAGACAUAUUUUUAAAGAAGUGGUUAGAAUGCAACAUAAUGAAUUGUAUUUAUUAGUUUAUUUGUUGGGGGCAGUGCAACAGGCUUAUAAGACUGUCAAAAGUAAAAACCAGAAGCAGACAUGCUGCAUCUAGGUUCCAAUACUAAUGGUCUGUUCAGCAUCUUCACAGUCACCAUCCCUGCUAUUGUUUGAGUUCUGAACCACUUUACAAAAAUAAGAUGGGCUGGUUAAUUAUGGUCUAUAGUGUUAACCUAACAUAUUAAAAAUGAUAUCUUAUUCUACUGA